CUUCGCUGGCUUGGAUCUCCUUUUCUCCCUCUCCCUUGCUAUCCUGGGAAAGGGACUGUCCGGCAAGAUGGGCACUUCAGAGACUCGCCUCGAGAUACACACCCCGGUUCAUCGGGAGCCACAGCCAGCAUUCUCUGAUCCGUUCGGAGAAAACCAGCGCAGAGAAGAAAGCAUGGCGUCCACUGAGCCCGAAAUAGGGGCCGACGUGCAGGAAAAUCGCUCAAUAAUAGGAUCAGAAAAAACUCGCAGUCGGUUGAAAAUUUUCCUCAUCAUGAUUGCCCUUUCGCUAAGCCUGUUCAUCUCUGCGCUUGACCAAACCAUCGUGGCCACUGCAACGCCUACAAUCUCUGCCGAGCUGCACUCGGGAACGGGCUACGUCUGGAUCGGAGGCGCCUAUCUCAUCGCCAAUGCCGCCAGUUCGAACAUCUGGGCCAACUUUUCCGACAUAUGGGGUCGCAAGCCGAUCCUCUUGUCGGCGGUUGCCCUGUUCUUUGGCGCCUCCAUCAUCUGUGCCAAAGCAGUUGACAUGUCAAUGCUGAUUGCAGGUCGAAGUAUACAGGGCAUUGCAGGUGGUGGAUUAAUCCAACUGAUCACGAUUACCAUCUCCGAUCUUUUCAGUGUCAGACUUCGCAGCCUGUUUCUUGGACUCAUUGAGUUUAUCUGGGCAAUCGCAGGCGCCCUGGGGCCUCUGGUUGGUGGUUCAUUUACCGAGACUAUCUCCUGGAGAUGGAUAUUCUGGAUCAAUCUGCCAGUUUGUGGCACUGCCUUUGUUCUGCUUUUCCUGUUCUUGGAUAUUCACAACCCCAGGACCGGGGUUAUAGAGGGGAUCAAGGCCGUCGACUGGUUUGGCAGCUUCUCCAUCCUAGGGCUGGCCGUCAUGGUCCUCCUUGGUCUGGAUUUUGGCGGAGACAUCUUCCCUUGGGAUUCACCCAAGGUUAUCUGUCUGAUUGUCUUUGGAUGUCUGAUGACACUGAUUUUUAUCUACUGCGAAAAGCGCCUGGCAAAGUAUCCGCUCAUGCCCCUGGGCAUAUUCGGGAAGCGAUCGAACAUUGCCUGUUUUUUCGUUGCCUUUACGCAUGGUUUUGUCUUCCUUGGGGCUGAAUACUAUCUCCCGCUGUACUUCCAGUCUGCCCAAGAGGCUAGUCCCUUCCGCUCGGGUCUUUUGAUCCUGCCCUUCGUUCUGACCGAAGCUGCUUUGAGUCUGGCAGCUGGUCUUAUUAUUCACAGUACCGGCCGAUAUCUCGCAGUGGUUUGGGUCGGCACGACCCUGGUCCUUCUCGGAACCGGAUUGUUCAUUGACUACGACGCCAGCUCCUCCCUGGGCAAGAUCAUCGGCUACCAGAUCGUAAUCGGCAUGGGAUGCGGACUUCUCUUCUUCCCGCCUCUCCUGGCUCUCCAGAGCAACGUGCGACAAGACGAGACCGCGUCGGCGACCGCGACCUUCGGCUUCAUCCGGAACAUGGCCAUGGCGAUGUCGGUGGUGAUCGGAGGCGUGGUCUUCCAGAAUAGCAUGGACCAGCGCAAAUCCGCGCUCCUUGCCUCGGGCCUCUCGUCGACGAUGAUGGAGGAAUUGACCGGGUCCGAGGCUGCCGCCAACGUGAUGCUCAUUCGGUCCCUGGACGACCCACUGCAGCGGCAAGCGGUCAAGAAUGCAUAUGCAUGGAGUAUGCGCAACAUCUGGAUCCUCUAUGCGUCCUUGGCGGCUGUGGGGUUCCUGGCCAGUGCAUUUAUCACCAAGCAGCAUCUCAGUCAGGAGCACGUCGAGACCAAGACUGGGCUGAGGGAGAAACAGUCUCCGGCUGAGUCCCGACAGGAGACUCCGCCGACUGAACUCUAAGUGGGGACACAAUCGGACUCUACUAGACAAUAUGGAAUUAUGUAUCUAAUCUUUGGGGAUAUACUCGUUGCCGAGGCAUUUAUUUAGCAUAAAUAUACUCCUGACCAAAUCGC